UCUCAACAAUGCCAAAGCCCUACAGAAGGUCUACCAGUUCUCACUGUCAUCAACAGUGGAUCAUCAAGAUCUACUUAUACACAAAAUUUCUAUAGGAGGAGAGCCCAUUAAAAAUCAAGCAAACCAGCCAUCAUUUAUUACAUAACAACCAUAUUCCUUUCUUUCUUUAAGUCCUUAAAGUCAUUCAAGUCAGCUUAGGUUCUUGAUGGGGUUCUUUCCAAGUUCAGAGAAGGUGCGGAGGGCAGUAGGGGUGGUGUUCUUCAUGAACAGUAAGAGGAUCAGAGGGAAGGGGCUGGAUCAGGAGGAGGAGGAAGAAGAAGAAGAAGAAGAAGCGAGUGUGUGUGGUGAUGGGGAGAUGAAGGAGAAGAAGAAGGUUAAGAUCAGAGGGAAGGUGAGGCUGAUGAAGAAGAAUGUGUUGGAUGUUAAUGACUUCAAGGCUUCACUGCUUGACAGAGUCCAUGAGCUGUUCGGGAGAGGAGUGUGUCUGCAGCUUAUCAGUGAGGUUCACUCUGAUCCAGGUAAUGGUCUGAGAGGGAAGCUUGGGAAGGAGGCAUACCUGGAGAAGUGGGUUACAACUGUGACCUCACUGAGAGGAGGAGAAGCCGAGUUUCCAGUCACGUUUGACUGGGAUGAAUCCUUGGGAGUUCCCGGAGCUUUUGUGAUAAGAAACUACCAUCACAGUCAGUUCUACCUCAGGACACUAACAUUGGAAGACGUCCCGGGAUUCGGGAUCGUGAAGUUUAUCUGCAAUUCCUGGGUCUACCCAACACACCGGUACAAGUAUGAUCGGGUUUUCUUCUCCAACAAGGCAUAUCUUCCUUGUCAAACACCGGAACCAUUACGCCUGUACAGAGUGGAGGAACUUGUCAAUCUACGAGGAGAUGGGACCGGAGAACUCAAGGAGUGGGACCGGGUCUACGACUAUGAUUACUACAAUGAUCUUGGAUAUCCUGACAAAGGUCCAGAAUAUGCCCGCCCGGUUCUAGGAGGGUCCGAGAAGUAUCCCUACCCUCGGAGAGGAAGAACCGGUCGGAAACCGACGAAAACUGAUCCGAAAUCAGAGAGUAGAUUGCCGAGGCUGAGCCUAAACAUUUACGUUCCUAGAGAUGAGCAGUUUGCUCGCCUAAAGUUCUCCGAGUACCUGGCCUACUCUUUGAAAUCCAUAGCCCAAGUUACCCUCCCAGAGAUUGCAUCAUUAUGUGACAAAACUAUCAACGAGUUCGACACGUUUGAAGAUGUGUUUCGGAUAUAUGAAGGAGGCAUCAACCUUCCGAAGGUAACAUUACUCGGAAAAGUCAAGGAGCGGAUACCGUGGGCGAUGAUGAAGGAACUUGUCCGUGAUGAUGGUGAACGCUUCCUCAAAUUUCCGAUGCCUGAUGUGAUCAAAGAAGAUAAGUCUGCAUGGAGAACAGAUGAAGAAUUCGGGAGAGAAAUGCUCGCGGGGGUGAACCCCGUCGUCAUCCGCCGCCUCGAGGAAUUCCCCCCCAUUAGUAAGCUGGAUCCUCGAGUCUACGGGAACCAAAGCAGUUCUAUGAGAGAAGAGCACAUUAAGAUGAGCAUGAAUGGGCUCACCGUGGAUGAAGCGAUCAAGAACAAUAGGAUGUUCAUACUUGACCACCACGACACGUUAAUGGCAUAUUUACACCGUAUAAACUCCACGAAUACGAAAACUUAUGCCACUAGGACUCUCCUUCUACUUCAGGAUGACGGGACUCUGAAGCCAAUGGCAAUCGAGUUGAGUCUGCCCCAUCCACAAGGAGACCGCCACGGGUGCGUGAGCAGAGUUUUUACGCCGGCGGAUAAGGGCAUUGAAGGCUCCAUUUGGCACCUUGCGAAAGCUUAUGCAGCAGUGAAUGAUUCCGGGUUCCACCAGCUCAUCAGCCACUGGUUGAACACACAUGCGGCAAUUGAGCCUUUCGUGAUUGCCACUCACCGACAGUUGAGUGUCCUCCAUCCUGUGUACAAGCUCCUGCAUCCUCACUUUCGUGAUACAAUGCACAUCAAUGCCUUGGCUCGACAGAUCCUCAUAAAUGCCGGCGGAAUACUUGAGAGGACUGUUUUUCCUGCUAAAUUCGCAAUGGAGAUGUCUGCAGUCACUUACAAGAGCUGGGUUUUCACCGAGCAGGCCCUUCCUGCUGAUCUGCUCAAGAGGGGAAUUGCGGUUCCCGAUUCGGGCACCCCUCACGGCGUUAGACUCGUGAUUGAAGACUACCCUUACGCAGUGGAUGGACUUGAGAUUUGGUCCGCGAUUGAGACUUGGGUGAGGGACUACUGUUCCUUCUACUACCCGACGGAAGAUCUAAUCCUAGGAGACUCUGAGCUGCAAUCAUGGUGGGCCGAGAUCCGAGAUGAAGGCCAUGGUGACAAGAAGCACGAGCCAUGGUGGCCCGAGAUGAAGACCCGAGAAGAACUCAUCCAGUCUUGCACUACAAUCAUCUGGGUGGCCUCCGCCUUCCAUGCUGCCAUCAACUUUGGUCAGUACCCUUAUGCAGGGUACCUCCCGAACCGCCCGACAGUGAGCCGCAUGUUCAUGCCCGAACUAGGCACACCCGAGUACACAGAGCUUGAGCGUGAGCCGGAAAAGGUGUUCCUGAAGACAAUCACAGCCCAGCUCCAGACACUCCUGGGGGUAUCCCUGAUAGAGAUCCUAUCCAGGCAUUCGAGUGACGAGAUCUACCUGGGGCAGAGAGAGGACUCUGAGGACUGGACCAAGGACGACGAGCCAAGGGAGGCGUUCAAGAGGUUCGGGGAGAGGCUGGUCGAGAUUGAGAAGAUGAUCGUGAAGAGGAAUGAUGACAGCCGGUGGAGGAACCGGCGAGGGCCCGUUAACGUGCCUUACACACUGCUGUAUCCGAACACCUCUGAUUACACCAGAGUUGGAGGGCUCUCUGGGAAGGGAAUUCCUAACAGUGUGUCAAUGUAAGGAAUUGGAAUUCCUGGAUCAACUGGGUGUCAGUAAAAUUUAAAUUUUUGUAUAGGAAUUUUGAUUCAGUGGAUACAUAAGGCAUCAAGAGCAUCAGCUCUAGUGAUUUGAGGGGGUAUUGAGCUUCAAUUACCGAUUCAAGUU